GGUGCCGGGGCGGGGAGAGGCUCCCCCUUAAAAACCGCUCACCCGGCGCCCGCUCCGGAUCCUGGUCGUCGCCGCGCGCCCACGGGACCCUGCGGAAGAAGAGGAGGGGAGGGUGUUCCCCACACCAUGGCAUCCACGGACGGUGCCAACAACAUGCCUAAGCAGGUGGAGGUGCGCAUGCACGACAGCCACCUCAGCUCGGAUGAGCCGAAGCACCGAAACCUGUGCCUGCGCUUGUGUGACAAGCUGGGGAAGAACCUUCUGCUCUCGCUGACAGUGUUUGGUGUUAUCCUGGGGGCAGUGAGUGGAGGGCUGCUUCGCUUGGCAUCCCCCAUCUCCCCUGAUGUGGUCAUGUUAAUAGCCUUCCCUGGGGACAUCCUCAUGAGGAUGCUGAAAAUGCUCAUCCUUCCACUCAUCAUCUCCAGUCUGAUCACAGGCUUGUCAGGCCUGGAUGCCAAAGCCAGCGGCCGCUUAGGCACCAGAGCCAUGGUGUAUUACAUGUCGACGACCAUCAUCGCAGCUGUGCUGGGGGUCAUCCUGGUUUUGGCCAUCCACCCUGGGAAUCCCAAGCUCAAGCAGCAGCUCGGUCCUGGGAAGAAGAAUGAUGAAGUGUCUAGCCUGGAUGCCUUCCUGGAUCUUAUUAGAAACCUCUUCCCAGAAAACCUAGUUCAAGCCUGCUUCCAACAGAUUCAGACAGUGACAAAAAAAGUCCUGGAGGCACCUCAGCCAGAGGAGGCCAACGCGACCAGCGACACUGUCGUUUCUCUGCUGAACGAGACCGUGACGGAAGCCUCUGAGGAAACGAAGAUGGUCAUCAAGAAGGGCCUGGAGUUCAAGGAUGGGAUGAAUGUCUUAGGUCUGAUAGGGUUUUUCAUUGCUUUUGGCAUCGCCAUGGGGAAGAUGGGUGAUCAGGCCAAGCUGAUGGUGGACUUCUUCAACAUUUUGAAUGAGAUUGUGAUGAAGCUGGUGAUCAUGAUCAUGUGGUACUCGCCCCUGGGUAUCGCCUGCCUGAUCUGUGGGAAGAUCAUUGCUAUCAAGGACUUGGAAGUGGUGGCGAGGCAGCUGGGCAUGUACAUGAUCACAGUGAUCGUGGGGCUCAUCAUCCACGGGGGCAUCUUUCUCCCCUUGAUCUACUUCCUGGUGACCAGGAAAAACCCGUUCACAUUCUUUGCUGGUAUUUUCCAGGCUUGGAUCACUGCCUUGGGAACUGCUUCCAGUGCUGGGACAUUGCCUGUCACCUUCCGUUGCCUGGAAGACAACCUGGGGAUCGAUAAGCGUGUGACCAGGUUUGUCCUCCCGGUUGGAGCAACCAUUAACAUGGAUGGCACAGCCCUUUACGAAGCGGUGGCGGCCAUCUUCAUAGCGCAGAUGAACGGCAUCACCCUGGAUGGAGGUCAGAUUGUGACUGUCAGCCUGACGGCCACACUGGCCAGCGUUGGUGCAGCCAGCAUCCCCAGCGCCGGGCUGGUCACCAUGCUCCUCAUUCUGACCGCCGUGGGCCUGCCGACGGAGGACAUCAGCUUGCUGGUAGCUGUGGACUGGCUGCUAGACAGAAUGCGGACUUCAGUCAAUGUCGUUGGUGACUCUUUCGGGGCUGGGAUUGUCUAUCACCUCUCCAAGUCUGAGUUGGACUCCAUUGAUGCCCAACACCAAGUCCAUGAUGACAUCGAAAUGACCAAGACUCAAUCCAUUUAUGGCGACAUGAAGAACCACAGGGAAAGCAACUCUAAUCAGUGCGUCUAUGCUGCACACAACUCUGUCAUAGUAGAUGAGUGCAAGUCUCUCCAUUAUGUGGAAUAUCAGUCGUGGGUUUAAGUUUGCACGUGGCGUUGAGGACAGACAGACAGAAGGUAACUCUGGCAGCCAAUGGGAAGUCAGCUGACUGCAGUGUUGAGGAAGAGCCUUGGAAACGUGAAAAAUAAGGAUAUGACUCAUCAAAUCCUUGAAUAAACUCCCUGUGUAUCUUAUGGUAAAAGAUGCUAUAAACAAGCUUUGUUUAAAGAGGACAAAUGCAUAUAUUUCUAUGUUUACUUAAUCUGUUAGCUGAAGCCUAGAGGAGCUGCUGUGAGUCCGUGAUGACAGGCACCUUGCUGUGUCAUUUUGCCAAAUAAUGCUUCAUAACCAUCUAAUUUUCUCACUUGUGUUAUUGUUUGAAUGGAUGCUGCUGGAGGAACCACUUUGAAUUGAAGACAUGAUCUUGCCAGCUUCCCUUUUCUCUCAAUGCAGAACGAUGGAUGCUCUUUUCCCAAGGGACAUGACAAAAGCAGCGAGGUACAUUCCAGGGACCAGGGACAAUGAGCACAUAUAAUGUGCUAUUCCUUUAAGUGUUCACAGCUUGCCUUGUUAUGCACAAGAGAUUCUGCCAGAAGCAUCGAGAAAUAACUUCUCUCCAACUGGUUGAGUGAGUUGACAUCUGCAUUGAUUGAAAGCAAGUGUCUUAGGGAAGUCUAACAACCUAUCUUUUGUGUGUCAUUUUAAGUUACAUGUUUCCAAGUGUUUUAGUGGGAGCCAUACUGUUGAAGGUUUAUGGUUCUCACUGCCACGCUGCCCUCCUCUAAUGAGUCUGGGAAAUUUCUAGUGGGAACUUCCAACUUGAAAAUGCAUUAGGAAUUAGUUGUAUAUGGUCACUAUAUAUGUUGACAAAAGUAAAGGAGCAUAGUCAACAUCAAUUUAACCAGAUCUGAAUAUCCAAAUUCAUUUGUUUGAUUCAUAUUCAACUGGCAUAGUGAAAUCAAGGGUGGUUAUUUGAUCUAUAUUUUUGAUUUCUUUGUUUUAUCCAUAUGAUUCUCAUUGAGGUAUCUAACAAAAUCUUCAAUCUCCAGAUUAUUUCUAUGAUGUUCUUAUUCUUCUACAUGUUUUGGUCAACGUAUCCUCCUGUCACUCAGAGGACACUGGUGUUAGCUAUGCUCUUUGCAUAUCUCUGUAAAACAAAUGGAAUUUAUUCUAAUAUGUAGAAAGCUUUCUGUUAUAUCAAAGCACUUGAAACCAACUGUAGGACAAAGUCAGAAACAUAGCCAGUCUUCCUCCUCAUGGGAAAGAGACAGAAAAUAAACACCUAUGAAAACUUCUGGCAUUCCUACGGCAGAGUCCAGGCAGCCUUCAACCAUGAAGGGAAGUUAAAGGAUGGCACUACACCAUGUCCACAUGGAGCCCUUCCCAAGGCUGCAACCAUUCAGAGGAAGAAAUCAGGUCACUGGAAUAAUACAGUGCCUUGCAUGUGGUAGAUGGUCAAUGAAUCCUUAAUGAUUGGCUAUGCAAGCUAAAAUUACGAAUGUCUCUAUUAUCAUUUUCUAUUGAUUAACACACAGUAUUUUCUUAUGGUUUGGGUUUGGAAGUUAGCUGGGACUGUGAGUCAUUGAGAAAUAAAGCACAGUGGUCUCAGGAGUCAACAGAAGCUGGGUCUAUGGGUAGAAGUAGGUGUGGAGAUGUUUUGGAUGUUUAUCGAAUCCAAAUUCUCUGAGACAAAUGUCACAUCUCUCUUCCAAAUCAGGCAGCUUGGGAACAUAGAAAAGAUGUGAGAUAUCAGUUGCUUUCACUCACAAACCCUGAUUAUCAUUGGAUAAGGAUCACUAUGGAGCAGUAUUAAGGGAAUUUUGUUUUUGUUUUUUUGACGCAGAGUCUUCCUAUAUAGCCAAGACUGGCUUUAAACUCACAAUCCUCCUGUAUUAGCUUCCUAAAUUCUAGGAUUACCAAUAGAAUUGCCACACCAGCAAGCAGAUAUUUUGAAAUGUCAUUUGUCUUCAGUUUCUUAAGAUGGACAGUUAACAGAGUGACUAUGGACAUGCCCAAAUACAGUAGUGAGUAAUUCAUCCUUUCUUGAAGACAUGGGGUCAACAGGACAAUCUUGAAGCUAGCUGUGAACUUGUUCAGGGUUGUUAUUCUAUAAGCUCUGCCCUGUUUUUUUUUCUUUUUUUUUUUCUAAUGUGUAUAAGGAUUUAAGAGAAGCCACUGAGAGCAUGUUGGAUUGGUUGAGAAAGGCCAGCUGGGUACUUACGCACCCUGGCCCGUUUCCCAAAAGAUGUGAUGAUACGUGAGUUGUCUUCUCAUGAUUCUGUCUAAAGAUCUUUCUAGUAUAAUCUUCAGCUUCUCCCUAGCUAUUCUGCUAAACUAUGACUGUGUAAGGGGACAGGGUAUUCAGAAGAAACAAGGGGCACAACUUCAUAAAUAGGGUUUUUCUAGUGUCAGACUGUAUGCAGUGUCUCAUGGGAAUAUACUUAAGAAAUCACAUUUGUCUGGAAAUUGAAUAACCCAUAUUAAAAAUAAGCAAUUGGUCAAGUUCAGGACUAGCCUGAACACCCAGGGUGUGGGUAGAAAUAGUAUAGGACUAUGUCUUCUGGUUUUGUUGGCCUCAUUCAUUCUUCCCAUGCCAUGUUCAUUGGGUGUUUGUUCCCUUGUCUAGAAUGUGUGCUGUAAACAAGAGAACAAAUGAAUCCAGAGUAUAUUCUACUGGCCUUAGUCUUAUGAAGCUUUCUGCCACUAUACUGUACAUUUAUCCUGAUAGCACCAUCAUGGAUCUGAAUGAUGAAGUCAUGGAUUUCACAACACCAACUUUUAAAAUGAGCUUUCUUUUUUUUUUUUUUUUUUUUAGGAGUCAGAAUCAUUUCAGAAGAAAACGAGGCAGACUUUUAACCCCACCCUUUCUCAUUCUUGCCCUUUACGAAGCAAAUCAAAUCAUUUAUUUAUUAUUAUUUAGCUAGUAAAAUUCAAUGAAGCCAAUUUAAUCAGAAAACAGAAUAAGUUGUCUUUCAAAUCAUUAGGUUUCUUGGGAUGGCUCCUCUUCAUACAAGGUGCAUCAGACAAUCCAGGCUGCCACCUGGAUCUAAGCACAGAUCCCCAGUAAAGGCCUACAGGUGACUUUAGAACUUUAGGUCACUAAUGGAUUCUGUUUUUCUUUUUCUUUUCUUUUUUUUUUCCUUGGGUAUAGAAGCAUAGUAUGUCCCUUGCCCUGAGGAAUUCUCCAUGAUCCAUAAAAGACAAAUAGUGAUUUUUCCUCUCUAGUCACUGGUUAGCCUGGGUAGUCACAAAGGAAUAAAACAAGGGCACCAAAAUGCUGAGCCUGGGGAACUCAGACUUGUGGAAGCUAAGAAGUGAGGUAGGUGAUGCUAUGUCUCAGGUCAAAAUGUCAGAUGCAAAUGUAUCUAGUCAGGAGUUCCUAUGAGAGCCGAAAGGUUGGGAGGAUUAUUUAUGGGAUCCCCAAAAGGUAAUGCCAUCCUGCUAGGUUUUCACAAAUGCCAUAUUUCCAUUGCUGCCAAUAGCAAAUGCUUGUUAUAUUUUUUUCAGUUUUGUCAAAAUCGAGAUUUCUGCAUAUAUGAUAUUUCCCCAUGCAGCACAAUAAAUCCAAGUAGAUGUGCACGUUGAGCUAAUUCUCCAUGGCUCUGACUCUGGAGAAGCAAGCCCGAGCAGCUCUUGCCUGACGUGAUGACCACAUGUGCACAGUAGCUCCUCCGUGCUCUCUAGCAUUCAGGACGACUUUAUUGCUGGGUUUGCCUUGCUUAUUCUCCAAACUGAACUUAUUUCAAACCAAGAUGAGGUGUGAAAUUUAGUUCUUUUAGUACUCGCUCUUUCAGGAAGGAUUCUGGAGGUGAGGGGCACAAGAAGAUGAAGUUAAAGCAAAGAGUGUGAAGUGAGAGUUUCCUAACUCUAGUUGUCAGAGAAGAUGUGUGGUCUCAGCAUCUGUAGUAGUUUCUGGCUAAACCCAGGUGGGUGACACACCAGGCUGAUGGUCUUCUUGGAUAGAGUGACACAUAAAGGAUGUUCAAGAAGCAUUAGUUUAGGAUUUUCCCCCCAAAUUUCCCACUCAUCCUUCUUCUUUCUUUCUUUUUUUAAAAUUGUUUUAUUUAUUUAUUUGAGAGCGACAGACACAGAGAGAAA